GGAGCGAACACGCGCCUCCUCCACCCCCGCGGGCGGGAGCUUCCUCGGCCCCGCGCUCCAGCCGCCGCCCACCCAUCCUUUUGGGAGACGACGCCGACUUGGAAGAGAGCCGGGGCUGCCAGUGGCCCGAGACCUGGCCUCUGGCCCUGACUCUGCGGUGGCCACUCGCACAUCUCCCCAGGCCGCGGUCUGUCUGCUGUAAAAUGGAGGUGGCGGCGUCUGCCCGGCCUGCGCCACGGGGGUCGCGGGCGGGCCCUGCCUGCCUGGACACCGGUUCUCACCCGGCAGCCCGUAGAGCCCUUCAGGGAGCCUUGCCAAGGCUCCAGAAGCACCUGGCGGUUGUGAUAGGCAGCGGGGACCGAGAGCCACUGACCCAGAGGGACUGCUGUCGUGUGCUGUGUUCCCGGCAGAAGGUGCACUUGGUCCAAGGGUAGAAGAUGUCUAUGGAUGUGACGUUUCUGGGGACCGGCGCAGCAUACCCAUCCCCAACCAGGGGUGCCUCUGCUCUGGUUCUUCGGUGUGAGGGCGAGUGUUGGCUCUUUGACUGUGGGGAGGGAACCCAGACACAGCUUAUGAAAAGCCAGCUUAAAGCAGGGAGAAUUACCAAGAUCUUCAUCACGCACCUUCAUGGAGACCAUUUCUUUGGCCUUCCUGGCCUCCUCUGCACAAUUAGCCUGCAGAGCGGCUCCACGGUCACCAAGCAGCCCAUUGAAAUCUAUGGCCCUGCAGGGCUUCGGGACUUCAUCUGGCGAACCAUGGAGCUGUCUCACACGGAGUUGGUCUUCCCUUACGUGGUCCACGAGCUGGUGCCUACAGCAGAUCAGUGUCCUACAGAAGAACUGAAAGAAUUUGCACACAUGAGUAGAGCAGACAGCUCCCCCAAAGAGGGACAAGGGAGAACUAUCCUAUUAGACUCAGAAGAAAACUCAUACCUUCUGGUUGAUGAUGAACAGUUUGUUGUAAAAGCAUUUCGCCUCUUUCACCGAAUUCCCUCCUUUGGGUUUUCAGUUGUGGAGAAGAAGCGCCCAGGUAAACUCAAUGCACAGAAACUGAAAGACCUUGGUGUUCCGCCAGGUCCUGCCUAUGGGAAGCUGAAAAAUGGAAUUUCUGUUGUUCUGGAAAAUGGAGUUACAAUCUCUCCCCAAGAUGUCUUAAAAAAGCCUAUUGUUGGAAGAAAAAUCUGCAUUUUGGGUGACUGUUCAGGGGUUGUGGGUGAUGGAGGCGUGAAGCUGUGCUUUGAAGCAGACCUAUUGAUCCAUGAAGCGACCCUGGAUGAUGCCCAGAUGGACAAAGCAAAGGAGCAUGGCCACAGCACCCCACAGAUGGCAGCAGCAUUUGCAAAGCUGUGCCAAGCAAAGAGGCUUGUUCUGACUCACUUCAGUCAGAGGUACAAACCAGUUGCUUUGGCCAGAGAAGGACAAACAGAUGGGAUUGUAGAACUAAAAAAGCAAGCUGAAUCAGUGUUAGGUUUCCAAGAAGUGACUCUAGCAGAAGAUUUUAUGGUGAUUGGCAUUCCAAUCAAGAAAUGAAGCCAGUGUUCCUGAAUGCAUACCGACAUGUCCAUGAAUAUGUUACUGAACUGACAGUCAAGUUUGUUGUUUUGGUCUAAAAUUAUUUGGGUCUCAGUAAUCCUAAAAAGGAUGGAAUUUCAUUGCUGAAUUGACUCAGCAGUGAGAGGGAGCAAGCUUUUUGAUAAUAAAUCAUUUUCAAAAGAAAAAA